GCCUUUUUGGUAUUUACAAAACUUGCCCCGGAUUUUUUUGGUAAUUCACGGUAUUAGCUAGGUAUUCAAGGUAGGCUAGAAUUCACGCUAAUAGCUAGCAAGUAACAUUCCCCGCUGGUAGCAGCUGAUUUUGUGCCUCCUCGCGCUUCCACUACCCAUCAGCCGAAUUUGCCGGCCGGUCGUAGCUGCCUCCGGCCACGUUUCGGCUAGCGAGUAUGUCCUCGAAAGAAGCGAAAGCCUUAUUGAAGGAUGCCCGGGAAGCGAUAAAAAAUAAGAAAUUCUCCGAGGCCAUCAAGCUGUGCAACAAAGUGCUGAAGGAGCAAAAUGAUAACUACAUGGCGCUGUUGCUGCUUGGUGCCGCGUACCAGGAUAGCGACAAAAAGGAGGCGGCCGGAUAUCUGAAACGAGCGGUGGCCUGCACCGACGAACCGACCGUAGCCCUGCAGGGUUUGUCGAACUGCGCGGAUGAUACGGAACUGCCCGGGGUGUGCGAGAAACUGCUUUCCCUGACGCCAGAUAAGUAUGCCGAGCUACAUGCCAAGUUGUACGGGGUAGCCUCAAGAGGUUCCGCGCUCGGGCCUACAUUACGUGUUUUCGAAAAAGAACUGGACCAAAGCGAUAAGAAUCGACAGCAAUCCGCGUUUGAGUUGCUGGGAAAAAUCGCGGCCCAAAACCCAGACCUGGAAAAAACGGAAGCCGAUUUGGUGGCCUGUGUGCUGGAAAGAGAAAUCAACAACAAUCAGGAUAUCUAUCAGCACGAUAAAUUCCGUCGUUUUCUGAAGCUGCUACACAGUGAAAAGCGGUACGAGCGCGUUGCAUCGAUUUCGGCUGCAAUGCACGAACGGUUCUCGAACGAUGUCUACCCACUGGAAUGGAUUUGCAAGCUGUACACCGAAAAGAUCGUGCCGCGGGAGCGUCUUAAGGAACUGCUACCUCACGCAGUGGAGGUUUACGUCGAUCGGGCACUAGCGAUCGCCCCAGAUUCUGCGCUGGUGCUACUCACCAAGGGAAAGCUUCUCUUUGCAGCUGGUCGAAUUGCGGAAGCAGAAGUUGUGUUGAAGCGUGCCAAUGAUCAGAAACCUCUGUGGAUCGCUUGCAUGGAACUUUUGGCCGAGAUUUACUUCCGUCAGAAGGCCUACGGCUUGGCGGAGGCAUUGUACCGCAACUUGAAUAUGACCAACCUGAACUAUGCCAUAGCGCUUGUCAACGACGGAUCGCUUGAGAAGCUGCGCGAGGCAGAUGAAUGUUUUGCUAAGCUCCAGGCCGCUACCAUCAGCGAUCGAUCAGAGGAUUUACUGUUCUAUUGGUGUAAAACGAAGCUACUCCUAUCGGACAGAAACGCUGCCGAUGAAAAACUGACAGCACUGAAAACAAUCAACGGAAUCGAGAGCGAUAAAAUUGAUUAUCUAUGCGCUGUACGAGCGAAGGCAGAUGGUAACGAUGAGGAAGCAGUUCGAUUAUUGUCCGUACACGAGACUAGCAGCUGUUGUCAGUUAGAACUAUCUACGAUCCUCGGCAACAUGAGUGGGCGGGAAGAGGAGAGCUUCUAUGCGGCACUAAGAGCUACUAAACUGGACCCUGACAAUGCAGAAUGCUUUUACCGACUCGGGAAGCUGUAUCUGCAACGAGGAGAUAAGCUGCGGGCGCGAAAAUGUCUUGAGAAAAGCGUACGACUGAAUCCGGCCGCCCGUAAUGCCGUAAUUCAGCUGAGUGAACUCUAUAGGCGCGAUGGCGAGUGGGACUCUAAUGCGGCCCUUCUCAGUAGCUCUGGAACUGGAGCAGCUUGGGCUCAAUUGCUGCUGGGUUUGCAUCAUCUCGAUCGGCAGGAGUACGACGAAGCGAUCGGUGCCUUUCGGACGGUGCUGCGGUUCGAGGUAGAUAACUCGACUGCCUGGGAAGGCCUAGCGGAUGCUUACCUUGGCCGGGGAUCGUACACUUCUGCAAUGAAGGUGUAUGGUAAGAUUACGGAACGUGAUCCGGACAAUCCUUACCCUCUACUACAGCUGGCCAAUAUCAAGAACUCGUUAAAGCUGCACAAGGAAGGUUUGGCAUUGUUUGAGCAGCUCCUGGCAAGACAUGAAAACUACUUUCCAGCUAUCAAGGGAAUUGCAGAUUCGCAUCUAGGGUUGUGUUUCUAUCGCCGGAGUCAAAGAAUGCUCGGAAGAAGUCGUGACCAUGCCCAGUCAUGUGUGGAUUACCUAACGAAGGCCAUCAAAAUUAAACCAAAUUUUGUGUGCUUGUGGCACCAGUUGGCUAAGGUGUUGGAUACGAUCGCAUGUUUUCCAAAGGUGUACUCGUAUCUGCAGCUAGAAGCAGGAUUAGCUGGACUGAACGAUAACCAGCAACGGCUAACAUUGCGACGCGGAAAGCUCGCCGAGCUGGCCAGUCGGUGCUAUGCCCGGUUAGUUAAACAGGAUGUGGAAAAUGAUACGCUUUGGUACGAGUUAGCUUCCAAUUAUUACCGGCGUGCUAUGGCAAUGAAUGAAACGGAAAUGUUGAAGGCAAAGGACGAUCGUAUGAAGCUACUAAACUCUGCUUACGACAUGGCAAAGCAUUCGAUCGUCCUAAAUUCAGCGCGUUGGCAAAACUGGAAUCUUCUCGGUGUGAUCUGCACAACGGAGGAGAUCAAUGAUCGAGCCCUCGCACAACAUUCCUUCAUACAGGCGGUCGAGAAGGAACGGAAAGUUUGCGCUCCUGCGUGGUCGAACUUGGGCGUCCUGUAUCUCAGCAACGGUGAUCUGGGGCUGGCCAACAAAGCAUUCAGCCGUGCGCAACAAUGCGAUCCGACGUUCCAGAAUGCCUGGAUCGGGCAAGCAAUCAUCGCCGAAUGUGCUGGUCAUCCGGAUGAGGCCAUGGAUCUGUUUCGACAUUGCACACAGCUCGGUUACCACCCGGAGUCAUCGCUCGGCUAUGCACACUGGGUAUGCAUGGUGAUGGCCGAUGAGAGCUAUCGCGAUAACGAGCGCUAUCGCUUUGCGAUCGAUGAUAUGCACGCGCUGGUCGUAUCACACGAUUCGAUCUCUCACCACUGCGCCGAUCGUGGCGAUGAAGCUAGCGUUCCUGCUUUACGUUUCCUUGGCAACAUCAGCAGCCGACUAGGUUUGUGGCGUACAGCAACCGACGCAUACUAUCGUGCCCUGGCCACAGUAUCUAUAGGAUCCUUGCCGGCUGACAACACAGCGAGAGACGAAAUCCUGUGUGAUUUGGGAUACUGUUUGAUGAAGCAGCAGCGUUACCCAGAGGCAGUCAAGUGCUACGAAGAUAUGCGCGGGGAUUCAUCAUUUACGGGAUCAAUAGGACGUGCUCAGGCUUUCUUCCGGGCGACACAGUACCAGCAAUCUUACGAAGAGUACGAAAAGGCGCUUAACUAUCAUGCCAAGACGGAUCUGGAGAAGGCAUACGUCUUGAUUGCGAUGUCGGCCAUGGUUUAUGCGUUCCAGGGCGAAGCCGAUGCAAAAACGAUUCUCUUCCAAUGUAUUACCCUCCCGGACCCACCCAUUGAGGCACUGUUCUCUGCCUGUGCCCUCGGUUUGUUGCACAAUGACAGUAUGCUAACGGAGCUUGUGAUAAAGGAACUGCGGAAAUACGAAGACAAUGCUACGCACGGACACAAUGUGGUGUAUCUGGUUUCCCAGUUCUAUUGGCAAAAUAACCUUAAGAACAAGUGUCUAGCGUACCUUGUAUCGCAGGUUCAUCGACACCCGAAUCGUCCGAAAGUGUGGCAAAUUCUGUCGAUCGCGCUGCUUCGAAAGUUCCACACACCGAAGAAUUUACGGCUAGCGAGCCGAGUGGCGCAGAGCGCUCUUACGUUGGAUUUGGCUGAUCGACGAUCUCGGACACGUGCUGAUGAUGCUGCGCGUUGGCUAACCGUUGCCAGUGAAGCCGUUGGUCAGUUGGACGCUAAGAAACAUCGUAUCUUAGCGCAGAAGGCGGUUCAUCUGGACCCGACAAGCCGCGAAGCAUGGGCUGCCUUUCGGCAGGUCAUCAAUCCGGUUGAUAGCUGGGAGAAUCUCUGAUCCUCCGGCAAGCUAUCAAGUUUUAUUGUAAAAUAGUUUCGAGUUGGAAGAAUAAAGGGCAAUUGGUUGAUAAUUUCAUUUCUAGAUUUCUUCG